UCUCCUGAGCCGUCGCCGCCAGCCCUCACACUCCGAGUUCUUAUUAGGCAUUCCGCCGAUCUCCAUCGACUCAGCUCCGUCCAUAACAAGAAGGUGAUAAACCAGGCAGAAGAAGAAGCAAUGUGUCUUUAUAUCAUGAUCGAAUAUGGGGACGGCCCGCACUUUGGAUCGUUGUAUGAAUUUAAUAUAUGUAAGCAAGACUACUUUCGACCUUUAGCACAGUUCAGGGAUGAGGAUGUUAGCCUUCCGUUAAGUUGGAAAUUUUGCUCCUUGGAUACCAACAACAUAUGUCUAUUGCCAGAUAGUGGUCCUUUAGCUCCUGAUGAUGUGGUGAACCCCUUGUCUGGAUAUAUGUUCAAUGUUGAUACGAAUAAAUGUCAUUUAAUCAAGCCGCCCGUUGCUCCCAAAUGGGAAGGACCUGUUGUAUCUGCAUGUGGGAAACUUUACUCUAUUACGGAUCCAUACUACUCAUUUGAUGUGCCAGAGCCCUCUUUCGAGCGAUAUGAUCCUUAUAGGUGUUGUUGGGAAACUCGGAAAUCUUUUCCUUAUGGUAAAAAUUGUUCCGAACAAAGGAUUGGGGGUCAUGCCGUUUGUGAUGGACUCAUCCUGUAUAAUAUAAUCAUUCCAGGGGAUAAUCCAUUCUUUUUCUCUAGAAAAUAUCAAGAUGAAAUGUGGGCUUAUGAUGUAACACUGGAUGAAUGGCUUCCAGUUAGGGUCGAGAACACAGAUUGCUAUAGUUUCCGAGGACCGGCUGUAUGUGUGGACAAGACUAUCUAUGCGUUAUCAAGCAGCUUGGCGGUUAUGGCACUCUCUAUCACAAGGCAUGAAAAUCUUGUUACCUGCUCUCUAAAGUCACAGUUUGUUUGUCCAGAGUUUGGGAACUUUCGACCAGGUGUACAGAGAAUGGAGCGUUUGAUUUAUUUGGGUGACCUGAACUUUUGUCUUGUUCAGACUGGAUUUCACUAUGACAGUAGAUCCAGUCAAUCUCUUAAAAUUACCACAUUUCACCUUGUGGGAGAAACCAAUAUCAAAAUCGAACGUUCAUUCAUUUAUGAGGUGCCUCUUGAGGGUCAUAAGAGAUUCACAAUUGGACAUUGCUUUAUCCAUACUUUUGAACGCAUUGAACUAGAAGAGUUGGCUAGUCGCAUCGACUUCUUAAACCAAGAAUACAGAUUCGGCCUUCAUACUGAAUUCUUUAUCAAGCCUGUUGACUUCAUAUUCAAGCCAGAAUAUGAUUAUCUCGAGAUCGACCAGCCAAAUUAUGCAAAUAUUGAAGAAGAAAAUAUAUCCUUACAAGGUGGACCUCAUUUCAAAAACUUCGUGGACUUGUUGAAAGAUUUGUUGGCAAUGGCAUUGGCCAAUGGAUUGCUCAGAAGAGGAAUUCCCACAGCUUCCAAUCUCAUUCCGGACCAGAAGGUAUGGCUGUGUGUUUUUGCUGAGGACAGCAACCAGGAUGAUGUUGUCAAGGCGGUAAAGUCAUUGUGUGAGGGGUAUCAUGUUAAGUAUCUGACAAUUGCCAGUGCUAAAACUCUUGGACAGUGGUCUCUGUCUGGUAAUAAGGAUUCUGAAGGAAAGGCAAAGAGGGUGGUUCGUUGCUCUUGUGUUGUUAUUGAGGAAGGCAUAUAUGAGACGGAACUUCAUAAAGCAGUUUUGGAAGUCUGGAAGUCUCUCCCAUCAAAGCUGGAAGUGCUGGAAGAGUCUGGACAGUGUCGCCCUGUUGUCGGGUCAAGGGCUUCUUUAGAUAGUCCAUGACAUCCUCCGGCCGGCAGCAACUGGGAAUACUUUAUAUCAGCCAAUUUGGGAGGGAGGCUUUCCACUUUCAGCUGAUAAUGCUUUUGCCCUUGAUCAAUUAGGACUGGAGUGUUUAAAAAAUUUUAGUUCCUUCU